UACUUAACACUGAAUAUAUUUUCAGAAAAAAAAAGAAUUAUACAAAUUUCAUAAACGGAUUGUUUUAUGUAUCAAUGUAUGACUUUUGAAAUUCAUUUUACAACCUUUUUCUUUGUAAUCAGGAUACUUGGAAAGAAAUCGGUUGACACGACAUUAAGGUUUGCGAUGAUUUUGAUCUACAUUCUCUUAUAUCCCUGUGAAGAAAUCACAUUCGAUUAGGCGUUCAGAAGAUCUACUUCAGAUGUUUCAGUGUUUUGAAUACAUCAAUAAAGAAUUAUUGGUGAGCAUCUGUGGUGUUUGUAUGAAUUAACGAACGUUAUAAAUGAAUGUUAUGAAUUUUAUCAUCAUUUGGCAACCAGUUUCAUAUCCUUCCAUUUGUAACUAUUAUAUUCCAAUGUAAUCAAUUCUGAUAAUGUUAGAGAGGAAAUUUGAACAAUUUGAUAAGUAAUAGUAAACAAAACGAUCCAACGGUUUGUGAGAUUAUGUGAGUGAAUUAGAGGUUUUGAAUAAUGCAAAGGGUUGAAAUAGUAUGUGACGUCAAAAAUACGGCACAUGUGUGGUAGACUGAAUGUAAAUUAUAGUCACAUACAUAAUUCAGGCGGUAAUCAUCGUAUCAAAUAUGCAGUAGGUGGUGUUUGGACUGAUGUGCUUCCAACAAGUGAUUUUCAUGGGUUAAUGAAGAAUUUUUUAUUUUAUCUAGUUACUUAUUCUUUAGAAACAACAACAUUAUUUGUGCAGGAUUGUCAAGCCAUUCAGUGUUCAUGGAUGAGAACAAGACAAAUCAGGCAAGUUAAAAUGGUUUUGAUUGACGUUCAUCAAGUCAGUCAACAUUAUGUUCUUCAUAGGAAUUAUUCCUCACGAUUCAAUUCACGAAAUUGUAUAAUGGUUUAUCAGUUUAUCAGUGGUCAUAGAAUAAGAAAUAGUUUACUAUUUGUUGGUUGAUUUUUAAAGAAGUCAUCCCUAUCCAAAUAUCUAAAACAUGAAACAUGAUAUGUGUGUAUAGUCAACGUUGUGUUAACGUUAUGUAUUUCUUUUGGCAUCAAUACUAUGUAGAGACUACAUUUAGCCAUUGAGUUAAUCGGAGUAACAAAAUC